AGGUACUAUGGCACACUAAGUUACAUUCUGGUGUCGUUAUUACCUGACGUCACAACCUCCAGAACAUUCACCGACUAUUCUUGUUAUUUUACGUGGUUCUUCUUGUGGGCCUCAUUUCUCAAGUAAUUAGGAGUAUUGACUGCGAUUAACCAUGGGAAUGCAGAGACUGCGAGCAGCAUCAUUAGCAGCUCUUCUCCUACUGUUGAACAGCUAUUUGUCCUUCCAUCAGAAGUUUGGCCAAGGGACAGCAAGAACAAGGUCUGGAUCAUUAGUCGGUGACCAUGGACUCAACCCCUUCAGAAAGGCGCCAGCUGGACGACACCCUGAAGGAGCAACUCAUCAAAUGGAAAAGAACGACUUACCGAAAUUUAUGAACUAUAUUCCAAAGUAG